AUGACGUCAUCAAUUCGGGAUAAACAAAUUGCUGCGUUGAAGCAAAUGCUCAACUUAAAUAGUCCCGAAUAUAAAGAUAAUGGUUCAGAACCAGUAUGGAAAGUACUUAUAUAUGAUCGCCGUGGCCAAGAUAUCCUAUCACCAUUAAUUCCAAUAAAAGAACUACGUGAAUGUGGUGUAACAUUGCACCUAAGCAUUCAUUCUGAACGAGAUCCCAUUCCUGAUGUAGCAGCUAUUUAUUUUUGUAUGCCGGAUCAAGAUAAUCUUGACAGAAUAGCUCAAGACUUUCAGAAUAAUGUUUAUGAAAAAUAUUAUUUAAACUUUAUCUCUGCUAUUUGCCGUCAAAAACUAGAGGAUUUAGCUAGUUCAGCAUUACAAACUGAAAAUGUAAGCCAUGUUCAUAAAAUUUAUGAUCAAUAUUUAAAUUUUAUUUCUUUGGAAGAUGAAUUGUUUAUAUUAAGCAAUCAAAAUGCUCAAUCAGUAUCAUAUUAUGCAUUGAACCGUGCAGAUGCGAAAGAUACUGAUGUAGAAGUAAUGAUGGAUGAUACUGUUGAUGGUUUAUAUUCAGUUUUUGUAACUCUUGGAACAUUACCUAUUAUUCGCAGUGCUCGUGGUAAUGCUGCAGAAAUGGUAGCGGAAAAAUUAGACAAAAAAUUAAGGGAAAAUUUAAGAGAUACUAGAAAUAGUUUAUUCUCAUCAGAGAACUCUGGAAUUUACAAUUUUCAACGACCUCUCUUGGUUGUACUGGACCGGAAUAUUGAUAUGGCAACACCUCUACAUCACACAUGGACUUAUCAAGCGUUAGUACAUGAUGUUUUAAAACUAAAUUUAAAUAGGGUUACAGUAGCUCAAGAGCAAAAGAAACCAAAAACUUUUGAUCUAGAUCCAAAAGAUUCCUUUUGGACGACUCACAAAGGAAGCCCAUUUCCUACAGUAGCAGAAUCAAUUCAAUCUGAACUGGAGCAUUUAAAGAAUUCUGAAGAAGAAGUAAAACAGUUGAAAGAAUCUAUGGGUUUAGACGGUGAAAGUGAUGUGGCUUUAGCCAUGAUGAGUGAUAACACUGCCAAACUGACAUCUGCUGUUAAUUCUUUACCACAAUUAUUAGAAAAGAAAAGAUUAAUAGACAUGCAUACAGAUUUAGCUACUAGCAUUUUAUCUGUGAUUAAAUCGCGACGUUUAGAUUUGUUGUUUGAAUUUGAGGAAAAGGUAAUGAGCCAAGCAUCUUUAGAUAAGCAAAUAUUAGAUAUUAUAAAUGAUACAGAAGCUGGAACUGCUGAAGAUAAAAUGAGACUUUUUAUAAUUUAUUACAUCUAUACACAUUCCAUAACAGAUUCAGACACAGAUAUGUAUUCAUCAGCUUUAGAGAAACAAGGUUGUGAUCUCAGCCCACUUAAAUACAUUAAAAGAUGGAAAAUGUUUUCUAAUAUCACAGCAACAUCAAAUCAGUAUGGAGGUGGUACUAAAUCUGUUAAUAUGUUUGAAAAAUUACUUUCUCACACUUCCUCAUUUGUUAUGGAAGGAGUAAAAAAUUUAGUAGUUAAAAGACACACAUUUCCUGUGACUAGAAUUGUUGAUGAGUUAUUGGAAAAUAAACAGUCAUCUGGCACAUCUGAUGAAUUUCGUUAUUUUGAUCCAAAACAGCUACGUAGUUCUGAUGGAUUUAAGUCCAAAAAUAAUUUUAGUGAGGUUAUAGUGUUUAUAGUUGGCGGAGGCAAUUACAUUGAAUAUCAAAAUUUAUUGGAGUAUGUAAGAAAUAAAACGGUGUCACCUGGUAUACCACAAUUGAGAAUUGUCUAUGGGUCAACUGUAGUGAACAAUGCACCGGAAUUCUUAGAACAGCUGUCAUUAUUGGGUCAGGAAUUGCACUAA